GGCGCAGCGGGCGCGGUUCCGGCGGCGGAGGGCGGAGAUGGAGGAGGCGGAGGAGGGCUGGAGAAAGGCCGUGAAAGGAGCAAAGGCUGGGUCCACCUCGCUGAGCUGCUCGGGCAGCUGCUGCUCCUCGCUGGCGAUGGGUAAGGAGCAGAGGAGAAGCGGCGGCGGCCGGGCGUGAGGGGAGUCGGAGGAGCUUGGGCUGGCGGCGGCGAAGGGAAAGGGCUGACGGAGCGUUUCUUCUUCCUCUGGGGAGGGAGGCUGGGUGGGCUCGGCCGCCGUCUUUUAUGGGGGAAGCGCUGCCUUCGCUUGCCCCCGCUGUGGGGCGGGUAUCCGCGAGGGGCUGAAGCCGCCCCUCGAGCCGCGUCAGGCGAACAACAGGUCUGACCCUCAAGUGUUUCCCUUGCACACGUCUCCGGGGGAAAAAAAGGAUGCUGAAAAGUCCAUUGGUCUUUAAGGCCGCCGCGAGAAAGUCUCUCGCGGUCCUCUGCCCGCCCCCCAAUUUCAUUCCGCAUCCAGGCCUUUGUGGGGUGGGAGCCCCUCUCUAAGUACCCUUAGGAACGAAGCCCACCCCGGGCUAUUGGUUGCAUAGGAGUUAAUAGAUCGAUAGAUCUCCUAUGAAAAUCGGGCAGGCAGUGAAAUGGCUUCGCUUUGCACAACGAUGUUGAUGCUCCUGGUAGUAGCUCCCCAUUAUUCGCUUGCGCAGUUUCGGUAGCCUCUUAAGUAACUAGCAGCGCCUGCUUGGAAUGAAGAAGCCCUGCCGGGAGGAGGCUUCGUGUCAUCGUCAUUAUCUCUCCAUUGAGUUUCUGCGAGCCUGUAGGGAGGGCGCGAACUGCUGGCGCCGAGCGGCGCGUGGUGGUGAAGAAGGUAGGGCUGCUUCAUUAUAGCUUCUUGCGGGUAAGAGUGGUUUACCAUCGGCAACGUCACCAGGGGAAUCAUGUGCAGACGAACGGCCGUCGCGUGUUGAGCUUGGGGAAGGAGAGUCCCGCCCGCCGGCCGGCCCCGCCUGCUGCGUCACGCACCCGCUGAGCGUCAGAACGGACCUUUCGCGCAAACCUCGCUAGGCACGUGGAGGUCCCGGGGAGGGGUAUCCUGGACCAAUCAGGAUGCCCACCCCCUCGUGUGGAGGAACUCUGCAUGUGCAUCGGUUCUUGCGUGGGACCCUGUCUCAGAAUCGCGAUUGGCAGGGACUGACAGAGUGGGCAACUCUCUGUUGCUCGCUCUCAGGCGUCCUUUUAACCCCACCCCUGGAUUGUGAUGCUUGGUGUAGGUAUAUUGUGGCCAGGUAGCAGCUGCUCUGGGGUCUGAUAGAUGCAGCCCAAUCCUACUCAGAAGUAAGUUCCAGUUUUCAGAGGGGCUUACUUCCAGCUAACAGUGCACAAUAUUGCAACUGUUAUGAUGCCAACGUAUAAGGGAAGGGAGGAGAAAUUACUUUAAAAAGCAGUGAGGACCAUCGUUUUUUUCCUGCUAGGGUUAUGCUUUUUGCAGUGCUGUAGCUGGGGGGAGGGGGAGGUGGCUACCCUGGUUUUUUGCCCUGGGUGAAACCUCCAGAGGGGCACCAUUGAGGCUCCCAAGUCCCAACCUGUGUGUGGGGUGUGUGUGCCAAACUGGGUCUUUGACCCGGAUGAAAUAAAGCCUAGUUUCGCCCUUGCUUUUUGAACUGGGCCUGAUCCCUCUAGACCCAGUGGGGCUUGCAAACAAAUUUGGCAAAAAUAAGCUUUCCGUCAGCAUAUGUUGGCUUGCAGAGUCAUUGUGGUUAGUUCACUGGAAACAUCAGUACAUUGCAGUAACAAAAGCAAAAUAUUAGGCCAUCUUAAAUGAUUUGAAAAUGUUGCAGUGCUAUUAUUUCACAUAUCUUUUAUGGAUUUUCAUAUUAAGAACUUGAUGUACCUGGGGUAAUGGCAAGCAGUGCUAGAUUUUCCAGGCUAAAGUGCUCUCUGCCCUGAUUUAGAACAGGACACUUGCCAGUGCUGCGGGUCUACGGAAAUAUUCUGUUCCUUCAGAGGAAAAGCUCUGUACAGACACACCCUAUAUUUCAUAAUAUGCUUUUUAUCCUAUUCUCUUUCCCCCUUUCAUUUUUUAUGUUUAGUUUUGGACAAGAUUGUUGUGUUUUUAUCAGUAAAGCAGUAUCGAACUAUUCUGUUCUCAUUGAAUAAUUUUGCUUUUUUCCCUUUUUAAGCUGUGAAAGACCCCACAGCUGUUGAGCGAACAAAUUUAUUGAAUAUGGCCAAACUGAGUAUCAAGGGACUCAUUGAAUCUGCCCUGAGCUUUGGCCGAACCCUUGAUUCUGACUAUCCACCUCUGCAACAGUUCUUCGUUGUUAUGGAGCACUGCCUGAAACAUGGCCUUAAAGGUACCAAAUGCGUGUUUUAAAAGCGAUGAUUGUUUGUUUUUCCCAAAGCAUAUUGACAUUGUAUUUUGUUAUGUAACAAAAGAGUAUAAUACUAGAUUACUCAUUCUAGAUUAAGGCAAGUUUAGGCAUAUAGAAUUCCCUAUACAGUGGUACCUCGGUUUACGAACUUAAUCCAUAAACCGAGGCAUGCUUUCCCUAAAGAGGCCUUCCGCCGCUGGUUCCCUUCCACCUUUCAGAUUCCGUUCUUAGACUGACGUCAAGUUCGCAAACCGGGACGCUGCUUCCGGUUUUGCAGAGUUCAUAAACUGAAUCGUUUGUAAACAGGACUGUUCUUAAACUGAGGUACUACUGUAUUAGCCGCCUGUGUUCACCUUCAUGGGUCCAGGAUGCACACUGUAGACUUCCCUCACCUCAGUCAAUCCAAGGGGGAAUCUAUGUGCUUCCCCACUUGGAUUCAUUAAUAUUGAUGUGGGCAACUGAAGAAACCCUCUAAUUUAUUUUACAGGAUUUUUUUUACUUCUUUGGAGUCCUGCAAGUCCCUGCUAUUUCUCUUCUUUGUUGGCUUCCUGGGAUAUGUAACCUCAACUCGCAGAUUCUUCUUUGUUUUGCCUUAUUUUGUCCUUGGUGUUCUUAUAACAUUCAUUUCACGGUUGGCUGCAAUGGUUUUAGAGAAUCUUAGGUGCAGCAGAUUAAAUAUGCUGAUACUGUAUAAGUGUUGAAUAUUAACCAUGCUUACAAAUGUUCCUUGCACUCUGAUAUGGCUUACCUAGAAAUAACUUUUAUAGUGCCAUCUAGAUAACAGCUGUAUUAAAGUAUAAAGCCAAGUUUAAAAUGUAAAAAUAUUAUAUUUUCCUUCUUCUAGUAAAAAAGUCUUUUCUCAGUUACAAUAAAACAAUAUGGGGUCCUCUGGAGCUUGUGGAGAAGUUGUACCCGGAAGCUGAGGAAAUCGCUGCUAGUGUUAGAGACUUGCCUGGUCUCAAGUAAGUUGUGUUGCCAGUAAAGAUCUUUUCCAUUUUGGACAAUAAUCCUGGCCAAUAGAUAUUUGUUUUCUGAGCUAUUCCUUUUUUAAAAAAUAGGACUCCACUAGGACGUGCCCGAGCUUGGUUACGAUUGGCACUUAUGCAAAAAAAGAUGGCUGAUUAUCUACGAUGUCUCAUCUUUCAGAAGGAAUUGCUUGGGUGAGUGUCCAUUCAGAUUUUUAUAGGGUAAAUUAAGGUCAAUGCUGUAAUUGCUACCAGAAUUGUACAGUUAUGUUACAUUUUACUAUAGCUAUUGCUAAGUAAUAUGACAGUAAAGUUAAAACUUAGGCUCACAACUAUUUUUUCUUCACUUGGUUUGCAUUUGUGUUGCUUACACAGCAAAACAUCUGAGCACCUAAUUUUCUUUUGUAACUGAAGUUGAGUUGACUUCCAGUUUCUCUUCUCAUUUCCUCUCCACCCCUUGUGCACCCCCAAAAUUUGUUCCAGAGGGUCCCUGAACUCUCCAGAGCGGGGAGGGGGGUGGAUUGGGGAUUGGAGAAGAAGGGAAAGCCCUGUUGCAGAGCAGAUGCCCUUUCAUACUAUGGUGGACCUUUCCCAUUUCAUUUUAUUUUGUUGGGAAAACUUAGAUUCUGUAUAAGUUGCCACUUUAGUUGGUAUAUUCAGUAUGUUGCUCUAAACUUUUAACCACCUUGGAGUAUUGGUGAAGUCAAUCUUUAAAAGAUUUGAAAAUAAAAUAAAUUACUGAUUGACCAGCAGUUAAAAAUUGAUUCAAAGUAUGUUAAAGUAAGUUACGAAGUUUUUUAAAAAAUCAUUUUCCAGCGAAUUUUAUGAAUAUCAUGCACUGAUGAUGGAAGAAGAAGGAGCAGUUAUCGUUGGUUUGCUCGUUGGGUUAAAUGUAAUUGAUGCAAAUCUUUGUGUAAAAGGAGAAGACUUGGAUUCACAAGUAAGUAGAUAUAAAGCUAUGGUCUCAUACUUUUGUCUUAAAGGUGUUUUUUAUGAAAUGAUGGGGGAAAUAUCAAACUGAUGGAUCUGAAUGCAGAGUAUUAAAAGUUGUAAUGUGCUUUCUUAAAAGAAAAAAAAGUUUCUUAUUUAGCUUGAUGAGUUAAAUGGAAAGGCAGUUGGCUAUUCCCUAAACAAAACACACUUAUUUCCUUUGAAACGCAAUUAAAGGCCUGAUUAACGAAUUGUUUCUUCUGCAGAGGAAUAGUGAUGGAGCUUACAUGAAUCGGUUCCUUUAUUAGAAAGCUUUUUGGCUUGGUUACAAAAACCAUAAAAGUGCAACCUAGCUGCUUGUUUUCCUUUUUGCCUGAUUAUCCAGAAAGUCUCCAAAGAUUGGAAAUAGUUCUGUAUAAAGCCUUCAAACUCUAUUACUGCAGAAGUAUAAAUCUGUGACUGCUUGAAAGAGGAAAUGCAUCUGGGUUAGUAAUCUUUACCCUAAAAGGGUUGUUGAAACGGGGGGAUGGGGGACUGAAGUGCAGAUGAUGCAGCUUUGAAUGAAAGCUUGUCAUUACCAAUGAUGUAAGGCCUGUUGUGCUCAUGCUCUCCUACAGUAUGUAUAAGGUUUCAUUGCACAUUUCCAGUAACAUCAGUGAAGUAAAGACCAAACCCGGUUUUCCUUUUUAAAAAUAAAAAUACAAAAUGUGAAUAAAUCUAUUUCUUCUUAGGUUGGUGUGAUUGAUUUCUCUAUGUAUUUAAAGAAUGAAGAUGAUAUUGAAAGCAAAGAAAGGUAUGUUUUAACAUUUCUAAUAAACAAGUACAUUAAAUGCUUUGAAAAGGGUUUUGUGUUUUUCUGCCAGGCUCCCUAAGGGCAGGAAGCAGAAGUGUGAGGUAAAAGGAUCAGGGUGGAUCAACUUGCUUUGUUUUGCUAGGAUGAAUGAGAGGACAAAUAUAUGAACAUCUGAUCCUCUUUUACUGGAACCUCUGCAAACUGAAUGCAGAUUGACAAUCGUGAUAAUUCCUGCUUCAGACUUCUUAAGUCAAGGCCCCGCUCUUCUGAGUCCCCUUUUCUUUCCUUAUUUCUUUUGCCAUUUCUCCUCCUGUCAGAGAUAGGAAAGUUGAUCUGGCCAAGGGGAUAGAUGAAGAACUGGCCCACCCUCCACAGCCCAUGUUGACAGGUGCGUAAGGAUGUUUUAUGACAUCAGGGACGCCCUCGGGAUUCUUCUUCUCUAGCUUUAGUGUGGUGCCUUUUUCUGUUGCUGUGCAGAGCGACAGGAAAAAGCGCCAAAUUCAAGCAGUGGCUAGAAAGAAGAAUCAGGAGUGCACCUAUAGUGUGACCCCAAUUUUUCAUUUGGAAUUUCACCUAAAAAGUUUUACCGCUUAGCCCACAGGAUAGCAUCUAUUACUUUGUUUCAACCAUAGACUUAUUAUAAUUCUAUGGACUUUCAAAGAUUGACAGACGUGUAUUCAAUUGAUUUCAAAUAUAUUAGAGAAUUUACAAGUGCACACAUUUUGUUUUUGUUACUAAAUCAUGUAUAUUAUGCAAUAAGAAUUACAGUGCUAGCUAGUAUACUGGCCUGCGUGUUGCUUGUAUUGUUUGUUGUGUUAAGUUUGCAACACGGGGGUUUGUUGUUUCUGUUGUUCUGUAUUGUUGAUGCCUCCUCCCACUCAGCUGCCCUACAGCUGAGGGGGAGACAGUGGGCAGACCAUUUGGGGCAGCGCGGAGCCUGCGGGCGCCCAAGCCACCACGUCACUCCCAGGAGAGACGCGUGGCUCGGGCGCACUGCAGGCCCCCCAUGAGUGCUGCCCAGCAUUUUGUCACCCCCCUCAGUGGUGACACCCGGGGUGCCCCACCCCCACUGCACCCCCCUUCCUCCACCCCUGCAUAUAUGGUGUCAGAUAAAUGUCUAAUUAAAUACGUUUUCAUCACUUUAGAAAUGACCAUAUUGCUGCUAUUUUGGAUCAAAAGAAUUAUGUUGAAGAACUAAACAGGCAGCUGAAGUAAGUAUUUACAGAAGCAUCUGUUGAAUCCAUAUAGAGGCAUCAUCUUUUAAAAAAGUAAUUCCAAUAAAAACAUGCCUUUUCUGGUACAGUAGAUGGCACUGAAAUCCUUUUAGUUGCAUUUGGCUUAGUUUAAUGGUUGCAUCAUAUAGCUACUGAAAGGGAGUCUAGAAUGAAUGAAGCUGUUGGAAGACUAAUGUUUCAAGUGUUUUGUCUGUUUAAUAGGCUAUUCUUUUAAAUGUGGGCAAAGUAAGAGGAGUUUAUUAUUCAAAUUAGCAUGGUACAAAUCCUGAAAUUUGAUACUUUCAGUCUUGCUGUUCUUUACGAAGGGGACUAAGAUUGCAAUCCUAAACAUAUUUUCUUGGGAGUAAGGAUAUUGCUGUAAUUUCCAAGUAUUGUGGGAAUCAUUUGUGUUAAACUGGCAUUCUGCACAGGAAGGAUGUAACAUGCAAAGGCAAACUAUAUGCAAGCAUACUUUUUCAAACACCCAUGUACGUUUCUCUUUAAUGUAUGUGUACAUGGAUGUUUAAAGUUGUAUGUUCAUGCAUAUUUUCCAUUCAUACUUUUUGUCUUUGGCUUGGAAUCACCAGUAUAACACUGAUGUUUUCUGCAAAAAUCAUAGCAUAUAGCACUGCCCUUGUCCCAUUGAACUCCAUGGGAUUUAAUUCUGAGUAACUAAAAUUAGGACUGCGGUGCAAAAGAGCAAUGCUAACCUGUGGGCAAAAUUUUACUAUUAAGACUUUAAAUAUUUGUUCUUAGAAUGGCAUGGGCUUGUUAUUAAGUUAUAAGAAAAGGCUGCUAGAGCCACUGAGAUGAGGUGGUGCUGAGGACUUCUCUAAAGAACAGCAGCAAAAAAUAUAAAUUUCCUGGCUCAUGAGAAAUGAAAGAAAGAAUGAAAGUUAGCAGUUACAUAAUGGACAUUUAGAGUGAUAGCAAAUGUCAUUUCAAGGAACACAAAUAUGAUGAUGGCAAUAAAAUAAAGCUAGUGCAUUUAUCUUCUUGAAAGAUGUAUGGUGGAAGAUGUGUUUUCCAACUCCAUUGAUCAGUGGACACCCAAAUAGGCACUAGAAUGUUAAGUAAAUUGCAUAGUACUAUUUGUACUUGUAGGAUUUGAUGUGUAAUUUUGAAUGAGGUUCUCUUUACUAUUUUCAGUAGCACAGUCAGCAGUCUCCAUACACGCGUUGAUUCGCUAGAGAAGUCAAACACUAAACUAAUUGAAGAGGUACGGACUUUUAGCAAUGCAUAUGACCAAUACUAUCUUUCUGUUCUGCCUGUGUGUGUUGAAAUAUUUUUGUUUUCCUAUUAUUGUUCACCUGAAUCUUUUUGCUUUUUUUGUUCCACUUCUUUCUUAGUUAGCAAUAGCCAAAAAUAAUAUAAUUAAACUUCAAGAAGAAAAUCAUCAUUUGCGAAGUGAAAAUACACUCAUCUUAAUGAAAACACAGCAUCAUCUAGAGGUAUGAGAGUUCUAUUUACAAAGGAAAUAUAAUAUGCGGUACAAAGCGAUAUUAGUAAAGAGGUUGCCUUUGCUUUUUUGUGUGCAUGUGCUCUCUCUAAACUGGCUCAAGUAAAAUAUGAUAGGUGAGUGUCCUAUCAAAGAGUAGGUAGCAACACAGCCAUUGCAGAAUCACUGGUAAAUUCUGGCAUGUUGCACUAUCUUGGGCUAUUUGACAUACUAGAGGACCCUAUCAUAAAUACAAAUAACAAACUCAUUGUCUGAGUGCCUGUCCUUAUGUGGCCAAAAUGGGCUCACUAGGCUAAGGGGAUUUGAAAAAGCUUUGGAGGGAGGAACCUUAAGUUGGGGUAGGGGGUGGACUCCAGUAAGAACUGAGCAUGCUUAGUGAGUACAGAAUGUUGACUUUCAGGGCGAAAUAGAAAAGUGGGAGGAGAUAGAAUGGAGUGGUUGGAAACCUGAACAGGAACAUUCCACUCUGAUAUUUUGUUUCAGAUCCUAUUUGUUCCUUCAGUUACUGGUGUUCCAACUGUGAGUUCCUUUGCUUAUAUAGUUGAAACAGCAAUACCACCACACAAGAGGAAGGUAUCAGUAGGCAUGAGGGAACUCCAAGGCUUACAGAAAUACAAACAUAUUUAGGGAAAAAAUGCUGCAAAAUAUCUCAAUGAGGGCUAACACAUUGCUGUUUUUAGGUGUGUGGCUACGUUUUAUUUUUAAGUGUGUACCUCAAAAUGUAAAAAGGAGAAUGAGAUUAACAGAUGUUCAGAAGCUUGUGUGUCAUAUAGACAUACUCUUCUUCUUUAGAGAGCCAAAAUUGACUGCAGCUGCCAGUGAAGCACAAGCUUGUAAAAUUUGGGUUUGGCUCCAUGUAAUAUGUGGCAUUUCAGGGAGCACUGAUUCUGUCAACAUGAGAUGGGACAUGUACAGCUUACUGUGUUUUACUGAGUCAGAGAGUAUCAUUCUACAAUUCCCUUGUCUGUUUCCCCCGCAUGAAGAUAUGCUCUGGGGGAAAGUGAUCUAAGCAUGAAUUCCUUACUUGUAGGUGAACAAGGUGGAUGCUGAAGCAGAACUUCAGACAUACAAGCACUCCAGACAAAGCCUGGAUGACAUGUACAAUGAAGCACACAGGCAGCUUCGAGAAGAAUCACAGUUGAGACAAGUGAGUGUAUAUCAGAUAUGCUAUGGAGGCAGUGGGAACUUGUAUAUCCAGAGGCAUGUAAGCUGGCUUGUCUUCUAUCGCCAUAUUUUCCCACCUUAAUGCAUUUGAUAUCUGUGCACUUCUUUGUAUUUUGUAGGAUAUAGAGAAUGAGCUGAUGGUUCAAGUUGGUAUGAAGCAUGAGAUAGAACUUGCAAUGAAGUUGUUGGAGAAGGAUAUACAUGAAAAACAAGACACUCUUAUAAGCCUGCGGCAACAGUUGGAGGAAGUCAAAGGAAUAAAUGUAGAAAUGUACAAAAAGCUACAAGUAAGAACAUUAUACUGUUUUCAACUGGAAGCUAAACGAAAUACAAUUUUUAAGCAAUACUCUUUCCCCCUCUAGGGAUGCCCACCUGUCCUUUUGAGAACUAGCUUUGAAUAUCAACGGAUGACAGUUAUUCUUACAGCUGCUUUCUCGGCAUAGGAGCAAGGUGACCAUCAGGAUGAGGAGGCUUUGGCUGAUAUCCUCUGUUGUCAGCCUGCCAGCAACUGCAGACUCUCACUCAUAUAACAUAACGUACUCUCCUGCCCCUUGCAUGAUCCCACAAACUCCUCCUGAGGUUUGGGAGUCCUCAGGAGAACAGAGGUUGCAAUGGGGAGGAAGGGGCAAUCCCAUUGUGUCGGUGGCAACCCACUCAUGCACUGUUGCAUGUCAUCCUCAUUUGCUUCAGACCAGGAGACAGAGCCAACUUAAUAACCUUACUGAGGGGAAAGACUUCCAUCAUCUCUGAUUGUUUCUACCCCAUAAACUAGAAAGAAAGGCAAUAGUGGUUUUAGCCACAAGCCACCCACCACCAAAUUGCUUUUAAAGCUCCACUUGUUCUCCUUUUAGUAGCCCUUGGGGGAUAUAAGAAAAAGGGAAAUUUAGAAAGUUAAACUUACUGUCAAUUUCCUUCUCCUGAAGAUUGGGCUGCUUACCUGAAAGUAAGUUCCUACUGCUGCUGCUGCACAUACAGCACUAGCAGCGUGGUGAAGAUUACUUUAGAGAGUUUACUGUCCAAGGCUGGGCAAGAGGAAGCAAUUUCGAACGGAGAGGAAAGGAAGAAAAAAAACUACACAUCCAGACUGUAGAUUUUAUUAUUGCUCACUUGUUAAUACUCAAGUUAUAAUAAUCACUCUUGUAUCAUAGGUUUCAGAUGAUGCGCUGAAAGAAAAGAACGAAAUCAUUGGCAGACUUGAAGAUAAAACCAAUCAGAUUACAGCAACUAUGAAGCAGUUGGAGCAAAGGUACAGCAUCUUCUUUUAUUCUGCUUCUCCACUCCCCCUCAGACUCAUUUCUUUUGCUUCAGUUGCCACAUUCUCAUAUAGUAGGCACUGAGAUAUGACUUUGUUUUGAAGGAUCAAAAUGUGUUUUUUAUGCUGUUUUUAGGUGCUUUGAAUGCAUAUUUUGAUUCCCUUAUUUUUUUGUGCCUGAGAUAUCCUAUUUGACUCCUUGUUAGCUGUUUCAGAAUUUCCACCCCCCCUUUGCAUAUUACAUCUAUCCAGCAAAGUCCCAAAUGAUUUCUUACUCAUACAUUUGAAGCUAAAUGUUAAACUAGUUGAGACAAUAGGAGAUCUGUGCCAUGCUCAGCUUAGGGAUAAGAAAGGCAGAGGGGACCCCAAGCCAAUUCACAAACCCCAUCCCAUGUCCUCACUCCAGAUUUGCAAAAUGGUGCUGUCUGCAGCCUUCCAAAAACAGUAGUAUGGAAACCAUCACAAAAAGGCAAGGAAAAGGGCAGGCCCCCUCUGACCCCCUGCAAUUAGAGCACUGUAGUGGUGCUGGUAAUGUGUUUGGUGCUGUGCCCUUGAAGAUCUUAAAAAAAGCUUUCCUUCACACUGUUUUCUUGAUCUAACCUUCUCAAAAGUUUUUGCACCCCAAUAAAAAUAUUUGUUGGCAUCUGUCUGUCUCAUGAGACAAUAGAGUGCACCUCCAGGGGUGAAGUCAAACUGCUGGAGAAUCGCAGUACCUGCUGUGACUGCAGAGACCAGUAACUUGUAACUGCUACCUCCCAUGUUCUUGCUGUGUUCUUGCAGCACCAAAGUGACUUUUGUGGGAUGCAAGCCUGAGCAGUGUGUAUGGAGGUCCUGGGAUAGCCAGACAGCCUCACCAAUGUGGUCCAAAGGACAGCAGAGCAAUACGUUUGGCACCAGAUUGGCUACAGGAAUUGCCGGAAGGAGGCAUGCAAGGCUCCAUCCCCUGUCUUAGGGACUACUCCAAAUUUGUGUAGGAUUUACUCCUUAGCAAUUUCCUCUCCUAAAGAUGUCCUGCAAUAUACUUUAGGGGAUUUCAGUUGGACAAAUCAUGUAGUGGAAUAAUUUGCUUCCUCCAGUGCCACAGCCAUUUCACCUCCAUGGUUGCUUUAAAACUUAACACCACACACAUAAAACAAAACAGGCUUUCAGUUCAUAUAUUCUUUUGUCUCAUCUGGUUAGGCACUUGAUGUGUACAGACUCUUAGAAUUAUUUGUUGGCCCAUAUAUUCAAUUGGAGAAAAAUCAUUUGGAAAUAUUCUUCCAUUUAAAUUAAAAACAUUCUUCCAUUCUGAGUGUAAGUGUGUAGGGUCGAGUCCCAGAGAAUCCUGAAACUACCUACAUUUCCUCAAUAGCUGGGAACCUUGGGGGGGGGGGGGGGAAGAAGUGUUGUAUGUCUUCAGCAGCAUCUUCUCCUUCCCCAGCUCAGGAAAAAUCACCUUUUGAAACAAAAAGAGUUUCAAAAGCAGUUUGUGUUAUUGUCAUUUUUUAAAAUAAAAAAGAAGUAAAAAGUCUUGUAGAUGGUGCAUGAGACAAUGGAUGGUUCUAAAUUAACUCUGAGGCUAUAUAUAUAUAUGUGUAUACUAAAAAAAUGGCAUGUAACAUGUAGGCCAUUUAUUAUGAAUACAGAAGCAUGUUUACAUGCUUUACUCUCUUAUUUUUUUUAAUGGGUGAUAUCCACUGCUUGUACAAUGGGACUUCCAGUUACUUUUCUCCCCUCUCCAGCUCCCCCUUUCCCACCCCAAAUCUGCUUUGUGUGAUCCUCCACUCCUCCAGAGUAUAUUUAUGGGGCACACGGAGGACUGCAGGGGGCAGGACAGGAAGAAGCUGCCUGCUGCACAAACAGGCACCUGUUUGAGCAAUGUUGAAUCUCAGAUGUUGUUAACAUUCAUAGCCUCAUCAUGUGGCUGUUGACAUGUCUUGCCAUUGUUUUUCUUUUCAGUCUACUUAACGAACAAACAAAACAUAAUUAUGUAUUAAAACGUUAGUGGCAUGAAUAUUCUUUUAUUGACAUCCUUCUUCCUCUUUUUCUUUUUCUUUUCUCCUUUAUCCCAACUUCUGUGUUUCUGAAUAUUUUGUUACCUUUAUUUGUCUUUAAUUUUUUAUCCAUUGCACAUCUGAAGUGACAAAGAAUUGUUAACGCAAACCAGGACUAUUGCAAUGUCCUUAGUGAAAUGUGCCAGCAAUGAAGGGCAGCAUCAGUACAAGCUUGUUAAAGAUAUAUCAUUUUGAAAGAUCCUCCAUGUGUCUUGAAAUAGUUUAAUGGAGUAAAAUUUGUAGGAUUUUUUUUAACCUUGCUUUUAAGCCUAUUUGCCCAUGUAUUUUGGCUUAAAUAGGUUAUGGAUCAGGCUCUAAAUGUAGCAAAAUAAUUUGGCAUUCAAAUUGGUCAAUGUUUUAACAUAGAUCUCCGACACUGAACUCACCAACGUAUUUUGUUAGUUGCCAAUUGGAAUUAACAUUUUUUAAAGAAAUUGCAAUGUUACAACUUUUGAAAUGUUAAAUCGAAAUCUACUUUAAUUUCAGCUAGCAUGCUUUUUAUUCUAUGUUUGGUGAAGUUUGAAGAUUAGAUGCAGAAUGGUUCAGAUACUAGCAAAAUAAAGUGACAAUCUUUUGAGUUACACAUAACUAUUUUUUUAAGGCCUGAUAUUUUGUCCAUUUUGAAUAUCUUACCAUAGUAUACUUAGAUUUGCACAAACUCUACUAUAAUAAAUGGAGAGUGCACAACAAAUAGUACUUGGUGAAUUAUAGCCACAUUUGGCCUUUCUGAUGUAGCAUCCUCUUCUGUGGAAAUGAACAAAAGCACACCUUAACAGGUGUGGGAGCUCAAGAAACAAAUUACAUUACACCCAUCACCAAUCCAGACACCACCCCAAAACCUGCCGUAUUGGGAGCAAGUACUUAGAUUAUUUACAUGCUCUCAUUUACACCAUGCACACCAUAGUAGACACACAGUUACAUUAUUUGGUGUGUGUUGUGUUGAUUUAACAUGGCACUGCUUGUGCCACCUUGAUUACAAUACUCUUCUUUGUGUUCUGAAUUAUAUCAGACCAUUUAGUGCACUGGUUUUCCCAUUUUGUAGUGUUGAUAGAUUAGUUAAGGAACAGUUAGUUUACAGGGUUUGGGAUUUUUAAAUUUUUUUUUAAAGAAUUCAUGCAAAAACACACAAAGGCACAGUCACAGCUCUGUAUGUAUGAAUAAAAAAAUCUGUAUGGCUCUGCAUUGAUGGCAUCUGUUAAUCAUGAAUACUAAAUAAAAAAUUUGGAUAAAUGUAUGGAUUCAUUUUAAUAUUGUUGUAGUGAGAAAAAGAAUUUGGAUUUCUUGGCAUUGUCUGGGUCUCUCAUUUGAGUUUGUGAGUUUACCCCAAGCUUUGUUUUCAUUUAGAAAUGUUUCUAUUUCCCCAUUUUUUUUCUUUUAUUUGUCUUCUUCACCCUUUACACCCAAAUUCUAGCUUCAGUUUUACCCAAAGUUGAUUUGAAUUACACCAGAUUACAACAAGCAGAGAAGGCUCAAAUGGAGGCAGAGAGUGAAGACAAGAAAUUUAAGCAAGACUAUAUGAGUAAAUCUGAAAGUCUGCAGAAAGAUAUUACUCAAAAGGAAAAGCAAGUGUAAGUAAAGUAUUUGUGGGGGAUAAAAUAGCAUAUAUUCUAACAUGUGUGUCCCCUCCCCUUUUGAAUAUCAUUAAAGUGGAAAGCUAAAUCCAGAUGAAUUACAGAUCAGAAGUUUUAGAGCUGCAUGUGUCACCACAGAAUGGCUACAUGGUGCAUGUUGGAAGAACAGACUAAGUAAGCUGAUCGUAAAUUCAUCUGCCUGAUCUAGUAGUUUCAUAGAAUACAGAACUUCUGUGCUGGGAUUCAAGUACCUGUUUAGGCUCAUGCAAGGUGUUUGAGCAAGCCAAGUGGACUUUAUUUGAACAGCUGAACCUGUUGCCCCAUUGCAAUCUCCUUUUGAAAUUCCCCUAAGUUUGCCAUACGGCACAGGAGAACGCUGUUUUGGGUUUGCUUUUAAUAUCAUGCUGCUUUGAGCUCAGGAAACUAGUUUAACUUUGGGGAAAUGUUGCCCUGAUAUGCAUACUCACAAGGGCUGUCCUAUUAAUAUUUUUCUGCUAUUGAAAACAUCAUUUUGUUCACAUAGCUUGCUCCAAACCAGAAAUAAAAAGUCCUAGAAGGUGAGGGAGUGUCUGGGCCUCGUCCAGGACUGAGUGUUCUCUUAUUUGGGGAGCAGUCCUCAUCUGCUAACUUGCCUAACAAUUGGGCAUUGUUAGGGCCAAACUGCUUAGUACAUGACAUAGGCAAUUGCACUUUACAUAUCUGUAAUACAAUAGCAACACAGUAGUCCUGACCUGGAUUGGGCUUAUCAUGGCUAUUAAAAACAACAACAACGCCUGAAACACAGUUACACCUUUCACAUAUUAUCUAGUUUGACCCUUGAGCAAUCGUGUGCGCUCCUCGAGGGCUAGAUGCAGCUCUCCCAUCACAGUACCCGUUUAAGGUAAUUUGAGCUGGAUUUAUGUAUUUAUUUUACUUUUAAAAUGUAUAUCCUGCUGUUUUUACCCAAAGCUGCUUGCAAUAUAAUAAAAUAUACCAUCCCCUUAAAACAACACCAGUCAGAUAGUAGAUAGAUAUCUAGAUCAUAAAGAACAACAGAACCAUCUUAUCCUUAUUCUGAAAGCAUUCUGUUAAAUUCUGUUAAAUGCUUUUAACCUGGUUCCAAAGGGAGAUUGGGAGGGAUUGAUGAAUCUUGGUGAAGUUUGAAUCAGAUUUUAAGAUUGCCUUCUUCAUAACCUUCUUGUCAAAUAAUAGUUAAUUUGCUUAUUUUUUUCCUAUCACUUAUUUUUGCAGAAGUCUACUACACAGAAUAAUAUAAAACAUUUUAAAAGGAAAUAAGUAAAUCUUUAUUAUAAUUAACACGUGUAAAAUGUUUACAGUGUUGAAUUAUAUACAUUGUACUAAUUAUUUCAUAGUUGUGCAAUUGCAGUGGGUCAAUUAAAACGUAUAAUUGUUUGAAUGACUUUUUUAUAUUCUGUAUUUCUAGUGGCCAGCUGGAAACAGAUUUGAAAAUAGAAAGAGAAUGGCGACAAACUAUGGAAGAAGACCUUAAAAGGGAAAAAGAAACAUCAUCUUCCUUGAAGACAGAGACCCAACAAAUCAUUACUCUUAAAAAAGUAAAUUGUGCAGCAAAAUUUCAUAAAAUUUUACUGAUUAUGUAAGCUGUACUUUCAUCGUUAUCCCAUGAAGCGGUAUGCAAGUGCUCAGAGAUCUGGAGGUUCUUUCUUCCGAGGUAGAAGUACUGUUGGUUGGUCUUAAGAGAUCAUUAUCAUUACAGGAGAUAAAUAAGCCAUCCCAUACACCCAGAUUACAAGGAAGCAUGGUGAACAGGAAGUGUAAAUUAUACUUCCUGUUUGCUCAGCUAUUGCUAAAUCCAAAGCCACUGUGAUAUACAGUGGACUAAAGAGGUUUUAAGAUUGUAUCAGUUGAGACUUGCAUAUGAAACGUAUUUCAUUGAAUUCAAAUCUUAUUGCAUCCCAAGAAUGGGGAAACCAAAAUUGAUUAAAGCCAUUUGCUAGACAUACCCAUUAGAACGCUUGGUAUACAGUGGUGCCCCGCAAGACGAAUGCCUCGCAAGACGAAAAACUCGCUAGACGAAAGGGUUUUUCGUUUUUUGAGCUGCUUCGCAAGACGAUUUUCCCUAUGGGCUUGCUUCGCAAGACGGAAACGUCUUGCAAGUUUGUUUCCUUGUUCUUAACACCGUUAAUACAGUUGCGACUUGACUUCGAGGAGCAACUCAUAGAACGCGGUGUGGUAGCCUUUUUUGAGGUUUUUAAAGACUUUGGUGAUUUUUGAAGCUUUUCCAAAACUUUCCCGACACUGUGCUUCGCAAGACGAAAAAAACCGCAAGAUGAAAAAACUCGCGGAACGAAUUAAUUUCGUCUUGCGAGGCACCACUGUAUACAGAUAUACUUUUAAACAGAAUUCACCAUGGUGCUUUUCUCACACAGUACGAGCCUAACUUCCCCUGCCUUUGCAAAUCCUUUCAACAAAUCUACCUAUCAACAAAUCAAAUGCCGAUUCCAAGUGUAUUUUUUCUUCCCUGAUCCUCCCAGUCUUCAGGACAACUCUUUCCUCUCCCCUACUCCCUCAUCAAGCACAGCAUGAAAGCCUUUUAAUUUAAACAUUAGUUUUUGCAUUCCUACCACUACAUAAAACCAAGUUUAUAAAGUGUUGCAACACUGCUCCGGCAGUAGGAUGAGUGAGUUUGUAAUGUUACAAACACCAACAAUCAGCACAGUGUAUUCAGCCUGUUUCUGCUACUAACUGAGAGGACUGUUUCCCCCUAAUCUUGGACAAGCUUGUAUGACAAUGGGAGCAUGAUUCCUAUGUAGCUCAACUUCCUGUAUGUCAGCACCCUUAAAAUAAAAUAACUGUAAUCCCUGUCUUUUGGCUAUGGUGGUUGAAGCUGGUGGGAGCUGGGAGCCCAACAACAACUAAAAUGCCACAGGUUGCCCAUCCCUGAUGUAAUUAAUUCCAGUUUUUAAAGCCAGCCCAAAUACAAAUGUUUUACAACUCUUCUGAGAAGCUAUUGACAGUGUUAUUGUUUUCUUUGUCUUUCAGGAGUUCCUAAAAUUACAAGAAAAGAACAAGCAGUUGAAAAAUCUAUGCCAUGAUCAAGAAGAAGCUCUCCAAGAACUGGCUGGCAAACUUAGCGAGUAAUUUGUCUUUUUCUUUUCUUGCACACAACUAAUGAAAACAAAGACUGGUUCAUGUGCAUAUGUUUCACCUUUAACUUCCUCCAGCCCAGCUACUUAAGGCUUUAAAAUUAUUUAAGUACUUUAAGUCUCGUAGCAGCUUCAACCCUACAAAGCAUUUUAAGUCUCAGCUAGCAGAAUCCAGUGGCUCCUUUGCCUUGGUCAGUUGCCUGAGAAGAGAAGGCUAACACUUAGAAUUGUAGAGUUGGAAGGGACCCUGAGGAUCAUCAAGUCCAACCCCCUGCAAUACAACCUUGGCAUUAUCAGCACCAUGCUCUAACCAACUGAGCUAUCCUGCCUAACAAAUACAGUAAUACCUCCACGAACGUCCGCCCCGUCUACCGUCCAUUUCGGCGAAUGUCCAUGGCAAACCCAGAAGUACCGGAACAGGUUACUUCUGGGUUUGCCGCAUGCGCAGAAGCGCAAACCGCUCUGCACGCAUGCAGAGAGCAGUGCUUUGUCGAGUGUCCCUUUCGUCGAGCAUCUGGGGCUCCAGAACGGAUCCCAGACUCAAAACAAGGUACCACUGUAUAACCAUUUGGCUGAUGUACUUCCUGUGCUUUUCAUAUAGAUUAGUGCUGGAGUAAGUCAGGGUUGGGAAACCUGUGGCCCUCCAGAUGUACCACAACUUCCAUCAUUCCUGACUAUUGGCCAUAUUGGCCAGGGCGUGAUGGGAGUUGGAAGUCCAAAAACAUCUGGAGGAUCACAAGUUGCUUAACCCCAGUGUAGGUUUUCUCCUUUUUCCACUUGGAAGGAUAUUCUGUUUCAUCAGUGUCUCGUAAACAAGUCUUUGUUUCACAUUGCUGCCAGAUUACGACUUUACCAAUGGCUAAGCCACCAAACAAAACCUUUCUUGCCAGUUAACAGAAGUUCUUACCAUCCAGCAAAGGCUUUGACCUUCAUUAGCAAGUAAGUGCCAAGGUUUCUUACAGAGAGGAUUUCUUUGCAUCUCGGAAAAGCCACUGAAAAACAGCAGCUGUAGACUCUUUCAGGGAGAUAAAACCAAAGCCAAUUGCUGUAAAGGCUCUGCUUCUCAUUGGAAGUAUCCUCUCUUUCUCAUCUACAAAUCAUAAACAGAUGCAGGGCUUAUAUGGGAUUGUGUCUUUCAUUGCCCAGCACGGGUAUAGAUCCCACAUGAGUCCUGUGUCUGGAUAGGGGUAUGUGAAAUGAACAUGACUUACUUUUCUAGUAACGAUAGAUUUCAAUUCUAGAAAUGUUUUUUGAGGUCCAGGUGUGAAAAUUGGGAACCAAUGAAACAUAAGUUGUCUUGUAAAUGAAGGCCUUCUGCAAAUUUUUCCUACCCUCUUGAGCACAUCUUCCUUACAGGGAGGUGCAUGGAGGCAGAAGUGAAGGAAGUUGGAGAAAAUGGGGAGAAAGGCAAGGUGUUUGUGUUGAAAGAGUAUAUGUCUACAGAUACAUGUUGGGUUGAAGGAAGUGUGGACUUCUACACACUUCCUUCAAUCCAGCCAUGUUUAUCCCCCCUGAAAACAGGUGCAUUUAAUUAUUCACACUAUUAUUCACAUAUCUUCUCUUUAGAUCAAAGCUUAAAAUAGAAGAUAUAAAAGAAGCAAAUAAAACAUUGCAGGUUAGUAAUUUGGAAGGUGGGGAGGGGCAUCCAGACUAAUUCUUCUAUUCAUUUCAGACAUUCUGUAUUAUAUACUUCACUCCAAUUUAUAAGCUAACGGGUAGUUAACCUUUCAAAUUAUAGUGUAAAUUUUAACCAUUAACCAUUAGUAUUUAUAGUUUCACUGGGCCUGUCUAUUCUGUCGGUGUGCUUCAUUUCCUAGCUAUAAAUUAUUGUGGUUUUAAUCAGUAAAUUAUAAUGUAACUCUACAUCAUUCCACAUACAUCAUGUAUCAACAAAAUACAUGUCAGUGUUUAAUAGUCUAAAUCAGGUAUCUUAAACUUCAGACCCAGGACCCUCUUCUAACUCAAACAUGCAUUUGGGGACCCAUUUCUUAAUCUGGUGGUAGUGCGCCUGUUGUGACCCAGCUUGGAUCAGGCUGUGACCCUGAUCAGUUGAAGACCAGUGGUCUAAGUGGAGUCCACUCUCUUUUAUUUUCUCAUAUCAGUAUCAGCUAUUGAAUCUGAAAGAUGGUCUUAAUUUGAGACCAUAAGAAUUAUAAAGUUACAGACUUCCUCCUUUCUUCUCAGUAACCCACAGCCUUAGACUCUCACAUAUUUUGAAAAGCCACAAGCCAAUAGACAGACCCACUUUCAGCCUCUAGCAGUCAGUAUUUUCACUUUCACCACUACUAACAAAUUAAAGAGUAUCAAGACUGAAGCAAUUUCUUGAUAAAGGCCCUGUGUCCUAGCAGAACUACUGGUGGAUCAUUCACUGGUUCAACAGCUACAGUGCCUCGAGGUCACCUGCCAGAAUUUAUCCACCAUAGAUUACACCUACCGUUUACAACAAAAUUCCUGUAUUAUGCUGACAUCUCCAGGCUUGGAGACACCCCCCCUUUUAUGGUCAAGGUGUGCUCUGUAAGAUGACUUUUUAGUGAUUUUCAAUUUUAAGAGACAGGAAGAAUCACAAACUCAUCUUUCAAGAACAUUGUAGGGAGGCUCCCAAAUUCUAGUUUUAUUUUGUUCUAACGCUCGCUUAGUUUGUGAUCUUGAUAAUCACUUGUGCUUAAUUUUCUGCUUGGCUAUGAUGCUGUACCCAUUAACCUGAAAAUAGUAGGACUUAUUUCUGAGUAGUCAUGUAUAGGAUUGCACUGUUAGGAGUGGUAGGUUUCAAACUCUGUCCUUUGGGGUUCCAUGACAGCAGGAUCUACAAGGGCAGACAAGUUGCCUGAAAGACGGCUUAUCCAUCCAUACCCAUCUUUCCAUACAGUGUGCAUCUACAUUUCAUGUUCUGUGGUAUCCUGCUCAGUGCCUUAAUCUGUGUGUCCUACUGUGCUCCUUAGGAUCCUCUCUAAUGUGCAGGGCGUUGGCCACAGAUGCAUUGAUGUGAGAGAUUUCUUGAUGGUAGGCUGGGUAAGGAGUUGGAACUAACAUGAGUUGCCUCUUGUACUAUCCUGAGGAAUGUUGUCCUUUUGUAUACCUGAAUGGCAACUGUCAUUUAUGAUUAGAUAAAUUGUAUGUAUGGUACCUGUUCUAUUCAGAGAACAUUUUUUCUCCCCACUAGGGACAGGUCUGGCUAAAAGACAAAGAAGCAACACACUGCAAAUUAUGUGAAAAGGAGUUUUCGCUUUCCAGAAGGAGGGUGAGCAUGCAUGAAAAGCUUCAUUGGCUUUCAUCCACUAACAACAAGUUCUGUAUCCAAGUUCUGUUAUUUACCAAUACUUAAUAUUCACAUUUUUAUUUAUGCAUGUGCACUAAACCUCAUCAAUCACUAUCAGUUAAAAAAACAAAAAAUUACUAUUUUCAUAGUUAACCCCACAGAUCAUUUGGUUCAAACUAAAUCCUUUUUGUUGUUACAAAUAUUGCAACAAAUAGCACAAACUCUGAUCGAACAAUAGAAUGUUCAGGUAACCAUUAAACUUGCUUAUUUUCCAUUCAUAAUGACCAAGUCACUGGCUGACAUGAUCCCUCCUCACAUAAAAUGUGAAAUUUAGCUUCUAGGGGGUGUGGGAGAGAGGGAGAAACAUAUAUAUAGAUGUAUGUAAAUGUUUAAUUGUAGCUGAUUACUCUCUAUUUACUUCAUAAACUGUUGAUUUCAAAAUCUCCUUCGGGUUUCUUUUCCCCACCCCUACCCAUCUUGAUUUAGCAUCACUGUAGAAACUGUGGCGAAAUUUUCUGUAAUGCCUGCUCUGACAACGAACUGCCUUUGCCAUCUUCGCCAAAGCCUGUAAGGGUUUGUGAUUCCUGCCAUGCACUGCUCAUACAGAGGUGUUCUUCCAGUGUGCCGUAAGAGUCAUCUACAGAAGAUUUCUAAAAUGUUGUUACUUCACUACAGUGGUAAGAGCUGUAACAUAACAGUAUAAACUCCUGCAGCGCUGGCCAAUGCUUUUGUAUUGUCAAAAUCUAAACAGCCAAUCUUAAAUCUUUGUGCCAUUGUGAUAUUCCUGCAGUGGCAGCAUGUCAUAUUAUGUGAGGUUCUGCUAAUGCAGCAAUUGAUAUGCCUAAUUUUACAAAUGCAUCUGCUUGUGCAACACACUUUAUUGUUCAUCGUAAAGGAUAUAGGCAGAAUGUUUUGUAUUCCCAGCAUUUGCCAUUUUAUCAUGCAGAUGGACCAUUCCAGGACCAAGUGCAGAGUUUUGCAGUUUCAGAUUAUUUUUAAAAGGUUCUUAGUUUGGGAACAGGUUGGCAGGGGACACUGUAGCUUAGAAGUCAGAGGAGCUGGGGUUGAGGUUCAGCAUCUUGUGCAGCUUUGUAUGUUUCAUGGCCCUCCCCACAAAAGCCAUUUAAAUGCAGAAUUGGGAAGAUUACAUAUAAGUAAAUGCAGCUACUUCAUAUAUUUAUGGUGACAUAAAUUGGCUUUCUUGGACAUUAUCCCUAGAUGUAAGAUUAAGUUUCCAGCCUUGUUAGUGCAGCAGUUUCAAUAUGCAUGUGGUAGCUUAGCUAAAAGAAUGAGAAGGCAAGCAGGUUUUUUGCAUCACUGGACUUCCUGAAAGAACUUUGUCAGGCAGGUCUUUAAGUACUUUGUCUGAAACUACCUGACUUGCAUAUUGUGCACAGGGCUUUUGAAGAGGAACUAGCAGAAGGCAGGCCAGGUGAGGAACGGAAAGAAUAUCCUGAGAGGGAUCAUGGAAUGUGUGUAGUGCUUUCAUCAUAACCUCUGUUUUGAGGUUCAUGUGUGAUAAAAUUUGUUAGGGAUUUCGGAAAGAAGUUCUUUAAUUAUCCCCAUGGAAUGCUGUAGAACAGCAGUUAUAAAAUGUAUUAAAUAAAUACUGUGUGGAAGAGUAGUUAAAGGAUACUGGCCAACUUGAUACUUGCUUUUUUCUUUACUCUGUCAGAAAUAAGAUCUUUUUUAACUAAAUGGCCUGAAAAAUAAUACAAAUCAGCAAAGUUAAGAGUUCUUUAUAUAUUUCCACCAGACUGCCUUAAGUUGGGGCAUGAGGAAAUGAUAUAUCCAGAAAAAUUGGGGUAAUUAAGAGAUUUGUAUUGCUGAAGUUCAGUUGAUAACACUACACUGUAUACAUUAGAUGAUUUUCUAAAAGGUAUAAAACUUAAAGCAGAAUUAAGAAUACCUACACAAUAAAAAAUGCUUUAAGUACUCCUUUUAAAAACAAGUCUAGCUGAACAUGUUACUGUAAUUUGUGACUGUACUUAGUAAGUUCACAUGCACACAGAAACUUAAAGGAGGCUUUUCAUACAAGGUAGAAUUUGUACCUUGAAGGGCAUAUUAUAUACUUAUGCCUAAUUACUAAUUCUGUUUACAAGCAAACCACCUAUUCUCAUUAACCUUUGAGACAGGAAGUGACUUGUUAGACUAACAAGCAUAGCAAACCUGUGUGCUAAACGUAAUAAAACGCAUCAAUACAAGCCCUGGAUGGGAUUAUUUGUGCCAUUUGAUUUGAUAUGUACAUCUGGUACAGCUGGAAUAGAGGGAAAACAUUAAAUUCACCCUUUGUUUGAGAUUUUUUUAUCUUCAAGAUAGACCCCUGCACAAAACUAAGCCUAAAGAGGAAAUGGUGGUGGCAGUGACAGCAAGCAGCCUUGUUGAGCUGCAAAGGGGGCAUUUUUGUGUCUUCAGCACUUGAGUACCACAAAUUUAAGAUCAUCAGGAGGCCUUCACUUGCUUUAACCUGGGAAGAGGUAUCCUGACAGGAAAAUACUCGUUCAUCUUCUUUCUUUGGAACGGCUUCUGUAUCUUCAGCAGUAUAUAGGGAAAUUCAGCAGCUGAAACAGUAUCCUCUGCUGUCAAUUUCACCAUGAAGGUGUACUGUGUACGCUGAAUUUUUGUAUGCCAUGUAAGAGUUAUUAACGUACAGGAUUCCUAUGCAGCCUGUUUAGUCCUAUACUAGUGGUAUUCCUCAAAGUUGACCCUAAACCUACUCUCAAUUCCCAUCAGGUACAGAAAGCACAAUAAAAGAACCACAACACUACAAAGUUCUGAUUACUAGCCACUUACUCAAACUGCAGUUAGCUUGGAAUGUAUUUAACAUGUUUAGUUCAAAAGGGCAACUUUUCCAUCAGCCUGCUAGCUAACCUGUUUCAGAGAUGGAAGCCUAUGGCCAUUUGAUAAGAUUCUGAGAAAUAUGUUGUGCCUAAUCCCAAAGUUUUAUUAAUUUCCAAACUAUUUGAUAGUAUUUCAAGACUGGAACGCAUCCACAAAAAAAGGUAGGCAAGAAAUGCCCUGUGUUUUUGAUACUAGAAAGCUGUUCUAUUUGACAGAAAUUCCUUUUCUUCCAGUGUCUGUCCAUAUUUACCUAAUGGUAAAUUAAAAAUACACUAACAGUGCCGAACUGACACAUUUUAGUGCUUAGAAUGAGUACCAUAAAUUUAAGAUAAUCAAAUAGCCUUUUCUUGCUUUAACCUUAGAACUAUUUCUUCCACACAAAAAACCCCAUAGAUUUUAGUGGCAUUGAGAAUCCAUUUUCAAACUCACAGCACCCACCAUAAGUUACUUUUCCAUUCCAAUUAGCACUAGUAUGGCAGAUGUGAUGUACUGACUACUUGCUGGGAUCUUAAUGGACAGGUUUUUUUAACGUCUUAAUAACCUGCUCAUCCUCAGUUUUUGUCAUGAUGUUUGGGUCAAAGAGGCUAUGAGACAAACUCACCCUAGUAGAAACAGAGAUUAGACUUGCCUUUUUUCAACAAAAUUUCUAUCAUUCCUGCCACUAGAGAUUUAGCUAUUUCAGAACAAGCUUUCAAUAUCAAUGGUGCAUGUGUGCCAAGAAUUUAUUGACUAGUACAGCUUUUGUAAGUUUUAACAUGACAUUUUUGUAACUUUAAAUACGAAUGUUCGUAAUCUUGUGGUUUGGACAAAUUAAAUAUUUGAGAAAUUUUCAGCAGGCCUUGGAAUGAAUACGGAGUUCAUUAUUUAUCUUGUGUGUAACUACUGUUACUCUGAGGCAGCUAGUAUACCUAGAAUAAUUGUCAGUUAAUCAUAAGGACCUAUGUAUACAUUUGCAUUAAUCACUGGCUGUGUUGGCUACGGCUGAUGGUAUUUGGGAGUCCACAAACUUCUGGAAGGCCACAGAUUUUACUGAACUACCAAAGGUUCCCUGCAGCUGAUUUAGGGUGAACAUCUAUACUGAGAAAAAGUCUUGGCUCUGACACACCAUUUAAGCAUUUUGAUUGAACUAGUUAACAAUUCUCUUUCCCACCCCACUUUUGUUUAACCGUUGCUUGUUAUUAACCCAUCUCCUUUUAAUGCAACAGCCUCUCCACAUCUGAUUCAUGCUUCUGUAAAGCACUGCUCCAGCACAGCAAUAGCAUAGACUGCAGUAGCAGAGCAAGCUUGGUAAAAAAACAACUUUGAAUGUUUUAAAGUGAACAAUGACUUGAGUUUUUGAGAUGUGUCAAAACCUAAAAAGCUUCCUGUGUUGCCUUUACAGUCAUACCUCGGGUUGAAUAUGCUUCAGGAUGAGCGCGUUCAAGUUGCGCUCCACGGCAACCCGGAAGUAACGGAGCGCGUUACUUCCGGGUUUCGCCGCUUGCGCAUGUGCAGACGCUCAAAAUGACAUCAGGCACAUGCACAGAAGCGGCGAAAAGCUACGCGCGUGUGCUCAGACGUGCCGUCGCUAGUUACAUUUGCUUCUAGAUGCGAAUGGGGCUCCGGAACGGAUCC